GUUGACAAAACGAACGGAAUUGCCCAUCGCCGAGUGAAGCAUACAGACUUAAAUAACAUGUUGGUAAAGUUGGCGUCUUUUGACGGUAGCUUUUAAUUGACGGCGGCGGUCGGAGAAACCCGUUCACAAUGUUCAUGUCGUUAGCCAGUUCGCUAGCUUCAUGAACUAGCAUGUACCGGUUUAUGUUAACGUGCCUUGGCUAACUUGACUCGGUGAAUAACGCUGACCCGUUUUGGCUGUUAAAUCUGUUAUUUGGCUCUUCGCCCUGACGAUAAACAAACGUAUAUUUUCUCAAAGCAUGGACACGACCACCUGUUUGAAGUCCCUGCUGCUUGCUAUCCAGCAGUACAGGGAGAGCAAGUCGUCUCAGAACGCAGCUCAGCUUCAGAGACAAGUGGAGGAGGUGUCGGCUCUUAAAUGUGACCAGCUGUUGUCAUCGGGCCAGGUGCUGCCCAGCGAGUGUGUGAGUGGAUUGGUGGAGCUUGCUGGGGACCCAAACACCAGUCCUGCCCUCACAAGCACCAUCAUCUCUUUGCUGGCACAACUAGCCUCUGAAGACGAGGGCAGGGACGUGCUCCACAGUAGUUGCAACCUGACCAGCACCCUGGCAGCUAUCAUCCAUUGGCACAGCACAACGCCCAAAGAGCCAUUGGUACUACAGUGCCUACAAGUUCUACAGAAGCUGACGUACGACACAGGGAUAUUACACUCAGCAAAUUACAUUCAUGAGCUCAUAGCUUUUCUCAUAAUCAACAUCCAGUCUCACAAUGAUAUCUCAAUGCCAUGCCUGGGCCUCAUGGCCAACCUGUGUCGCUACAACCACUCUGUGCAGAGCCACAUCAAGUCACUGGAUAAUGUGAAGCAGUUUUACCGCACGCUGAUUAACUUCCUGGCUCACAACAGUCUGACGGUGGUAGUGUUUACCCUCUCCAUCCUGGCCAGCCUCACACUUAAUGAGUCAGUUGGAGAAAAGCUGUUUGAUGCAAAGAAUAUUCACCAGACUUUCCAGCUUGUUUUCAACAUUAUUGUCAAUGGUGAUGGCACUCUGACUCGGAAGUACUCCGUUGACCUCUUGGUCGACCUAUUGAAAAACCCCAAGAUAGCGGAUUAUCUCACCAGGUAUGAACAUUUCUCAGCAUGUUUGUCCCAGGUACUGGGUCUUCUUCAUGGAAAAGACCCAGACUCUGCAUCUAAGGUUUUGGAGUUGCUCCUGGCUCUGUGCAAUGUAUCUGCACUCCGCUCACUGCUGUGUGAGGUGGUGUUCCAGCCUGCUGGGCCCAAGCUCAGAACCGCGAGCCGCAGGCUGAGGAAUGAGCUGAAUGGCAGCCACAAGGAAGAACCUGGGCUAGCACUCGUCAAGUGGCUGAGCUUGCCUGUAGAGGAUGCUGAUUCAUGUUCUCUCAAGGCCCUGCAGCUGUUAAAUGAGCUUCUGGAGGAGGCGUUGGGAGCAGAGAGUGUAUCAGGAUAUGUGUUGGGCUUUGUGGAGAUGUUGCUCCCGGUUGUGCUUGAGCUGUUGAAGCAGGUUGACUCUACACAAGGAGAUGCUCAGCUAAGAGGACAUUGUAUACGUGUCAUACACAUCACCGACCUACUGUUGGUUGUGUGUGGCGAGGACUCGACCCGGUGCUUGGUGGCUUGCCAGGUGAGCGCUCAGCUUUGCCUCUCGCAGGUUGAAACCCUCCUCUCCUGCUGUCAUAGCAACAGUCCCCUCACCUGCCCCCCUCCCAGUUCGGAAAACGACCUCAGCCAGGUGUGUGCUGAGGCUGUGUUGAAGACUCUGGAGAUGAUGAGUAAGCUGAAGCAGCAGGUGAAGGACAUGGAGACCACCUUCUACCGGAUCCUGCAGGACCAGAGGAUGGUGACUCCCCUCUCCCUGGCUUUGACCUCCCACUACAGAGAGCGAGUACGGAGUGGUCUGAGUUUGCUGUUUGAGGCCACGCCCCUCCCUGACUUCCCUUCAUUAAUUCUAGGGGAAAGCAUUGCUGCCAACAACAGCUAUCGUCAGAGGGAGGCUGAGCUGUCUGUCAAGCGCCUGGCAGUGUCAGAAGUCCUGCCCCCCAGAGCAAAUGUCAGCUUGUCAGACAUGAGCAGCUCAAGCAAGGGUGUACAUGGUCUCGUUGAGAAGCUGCAGACCGGCUGUGAGUUGCAGGAGAAGAUUGAGGACCUGCGUGUGUCUGAGAUCAUCGAGGUGUACGAACAGAAGCUCUCUGCUUUAGCAUCUAAGGAGACUCGUCUGCAAGAUCUGUUGGAGGCCAAAGCACUGGCUCUGUCUCAGGCUGACCGCCUCAUCGCACAAUACCGCUUUCAAAGAGCUCAGGCUGAAUCUGAGGCGCGUAAGAUGGGCUGCCUCCUGAAGGAGGCCGAACACCGGCGGGAGGCUCUGCAGGGUGAGCUGGGUGCCCAGGUGCUGGAGCUAGAGCGCUCCAAGGCAGACAUAGAGGAACUACUCCAGCACAACGCCAGGCUGCAGCAGGACUCCCAAGAACAUCAGGCACUUAAAGGGGCAUACAACACAUUGCUCAACAGGUACAAUGAGAGUGAGCGUCUGUUGAAGGAGGUUCAGGCCUCUCACAUCUCCCUCACCAAACAGCAUGACACUUUGAGGAAGACCCACGAUGCACUGCGACAACAGCAUGAAAAGACCGCGUCAGUGUUGGAGGAGAGAGAGGAGACGAUCAGGACUCUCCAGUCAGACUUACAGCAGCGAGAUUGUGACAUCACAGGCCUGCGUGCUGAGCUGCGGGCAGAGGAGGAGAGUGGGAGGGAGAAGGAGAGAGCAAGGGGAGAGCUGGAGGAGACCAUGGAUGCCCUGAGGAAGGAGCUCAACAAGACGGAGCAGGCCAGGAAGGACGCCAGCAUCCGGGCGUCGUCUCUGGAGCUGCAGAAGGGCCAGCUUGAGGCCAAGCUGAGGCAGAAGGAGGAGGAACUGAACAAACACUCGGCUAUGAUCGCCAUGAUCCAUAGCCUCAGCAGCGGGAAGCUUAAGAAUGACGUCAACCUGUCGCUGUAAAGCAUACACUCAUAAUGGAUCAUUCAAAUUAGUUUGCAUGAAGAAAAACAUUUUUUUUGAAAAGAUUGUGAUGUAUUUAAAGUGAAACUUGUCUAACAUUUUAAUGAAAUACUUUUUAAUGAGCUUUUCCUCUAUUUAAAUGUCAUCUGACUAUGUCAUGACCUGUUUUUAAACUGUUAUUCUUUGGUAAAUAAA